AUGAGCGAAAAGUUCUCCAAAGAUCCGCCGCCGGGCGGAGGCACUGGCUCGCGAGGGCAACCGCCACCCGGCGUGCCAGUGCCGGAACAGCCCGAAGACAACCGAGAACCACCACUUCAGCAGCUUUCCUCUGAGUCAAAGAAUGGAAGAGUUCCCGAUCAAGAGGGUAAGCAGGAAGCGGCAUCAUCGACCGAGUGCCAGUCGCAGCCCGACGUCGUACAGUUCACCAGAAGUUUCGGCAACUACCGGGUGGAGCAACACCUGUCGCGCGACGAUGUGGUCGAUCAGGACGGCCGUCGGCCCUUCAGGUCCGCCAGCCUCGGCAUGGGCACCGUGUCCAGCAUACGGUACACCAUGGCCAGAACGGUGCCCUCGCAGGUGGAGCCCGGAGACCUGCCGAUGAUGGGCUCUGAUGCACCGGGCGGAGUUUCCGCGAGUGGUGGUGGUGCCACCGACUCCGCUACUGCGAGCACCCGUGCCGCGUCCACGGCCCCGCGACCGCAGCACGUCAACAUCGUGGUCAUGCUCAACUCGACCACCUCCGACGCCGGGAACAGCAAGUCCGGCACCUCCGCACAGUCGUCGCCAAAAAAAUUUGAAAUUCCUGUGCCACGCGCAAAAUCUUUGUUCGAAGUCGGCUCUGCGGACAGGAGCAUGAAGCCCGAGUUCAGCAGCAGCGGGGGCGCCAAGAAGUCACGCUCUGUCAACCUCGAGCACCUCAAGGAACAGGACGUCGCUGAGCUCGUGCGCUUCCUGAACGCCGCUUUCGCGGCGCAGCGAACGCACUCGACGACAAUGCCACCAUGUGACAUGCUGUCUUCCCUAGCCAAUGGUCGAAGAACCAUUCGGUUUGACGCAGACGACGGUACCGGUGGCCUGCCUCCGACGUCAAAGCCUGAUACACGUGACGAAAGCGUUCAGGCUGAGCAGCCACCAACGCCCAUGCGUGCCACCGGCUCGCAGACGGAAGGAUCAGUACCGGACGGAGCUAUUUUUGAAAUGCCCCAGCAACUGGCAGGCGAGAGGGCGAGAGGUCCCACUGAGAGGCUGUACUUGCUGAGCGAAGAGCAGAUCAAGCAAGCAUUUGGCAGCGAUGAUGUCAUUGUGCGGUUCCCUCACAUGGACAUUCCACUCCGGCGAGCGAGCUCAGAUCGCGGCAGAGGGACAGGCUCAACGGAAAGCAGUGGAGGCAGACCAGAGAUACCCAGCUGGCUGCAAGAGUUCUUCACCAAACGUGACGGCACUGUGGCCGCCAAGUCUCGCCGCUCCCUGGAAGCGCAAGGUCCGGUGGCCGCGAUCAUUGAGGAAACAGAAAUGCCUCAAACAGUAGGAGUCGAAUCGUAUCAACCAGUACUGACAGGAAGCGCCCUCGUCGAACUUCAAGAGGAAGCAACCGACAGUGCUGAACUUAUGGAACGGGCAACGCCGCUGGAGAUGCAGCUAUCGCCAGCGGAAAUCUUGAGAGAAAGGAAAGCAGACUCACCCGGAGGUCCUUUUCAGGGAACUUGGGAGCCAGGAGUUGAAGACGCAAAGAAAUUGACAGACAAGAAGCUUGAAGAACGACGACCGCGAGAUGACGCAUCGGCUGCCAUUGAAGCUGUCGGGAGUGAAGAUACGACAACGCUCGAGUCGGCGCAGAAAUCGCCCGAAGAAGUGCCCCACGUUGAAGCGAGGGUCUGGACAGCUGAUACUGGAGCGGAACUCGAAGAGUCGACUUCGGAGGAUGAAGUUCUUGAAGCUGAGGUACACAAAGGAAAGCGCAAGCGCUCAAAGAGAGCAUCCAAAUCUGUGGCUCUCGUUGUCUUACCCAUGCCUGACGAAACAGAAUCGAGUCUACGUGAUGCUGUAGACGUUACUAUAACGGACACCUUGGAGAAACAGCCCGCGAUCGAAGGAACUAUUGCGCCGCCACUUGCACAGCAAGAAUGUCUGGCAAUCACUUAUGACGGAGCUGAGUCUGCAGAACUGGCAGCAAGGAGGCCCGACGUGGCGCCUACUGAGCGAAAGCGUCAGGAAAAGGCGCUGCCAGAAUCCGCAGGUGAUGAUGCAACAGAGGCUGCAAUGGGAGCUCCCCAAGAAGCAGGUACAGAAAUUAUAGAAUACAAUAUUCCUGAAAGAACUGUUACGGAGAAGUUGGACGUGACAGAAACCGGUGAAAAAGUAUCAGCUGAGGCCCGCCAAGAAUUCGCGGAAGGAUUCCCGACGCAGAAGCUAGAAGGAACCCAACUUUCGGCAACCAGGAAGGUAGCAUCACAUGAAUUCUCACCGGCUGAGGUGUGGCCAGAGUACGGCAAAGAAGCGAGGGCGGAGGAAGGUGACCAAGAGUCUGCUCCUCCAAAGCCAAUGUCAACGGAGGCGGCUUUAGUGGGAGAGGUGCCAGCCAUAACAGAAGUGCCGACAGAGCGCCAACCAUCUGCGAUUGAGCUUUUACCACUAGAGGAGGUACCAGCAGUUGAGUGGAAGCCUAGCGCCGAGGAGCUUUUGUCCCUAGUGGCUCCUCCAAAAGUUACUGCCGCAGAAUGUCAGGUUCCCGAAAUGGCACCGUUAGAAAAGCCGUUGGUAGAACAUUUACCUUCCCUCGAACUUGUCUCAACAGAAGAAGCUCCACAGAUCGAGUGGAAACAAGCGAGCGCCGAGGAACUUUCAGAAAUUGGUCCUCGGAAGUUUGUGGAAGAAGAAGCGCGAGCAGCUCUGGAGACUCCAGCCACACUAAGAGAGGUUGAACCAAUGCUUAAAAUUCAACGCACGACGUCGGAAGAAGCACCGCACCUCGAGGGAGUGUCCGCCACUGGUGAAAUGUCGGAGUUUUCCGGGUGUCCUACGAUGGAAUUUCUGCUCGCACAAAUCCCAGGCUUGGAGAAGGCUCCAGUUCGCCAAGCAUCAUCCGCACCGCAAGAGGAAAUUGAAUGGGCGCCAGACCUUGAAAUUCUGGAGGUGCAAGAACAGGAAUCGCUACCCGAAGCAGUGGCAGAAAAGGAAUUAGCAGCUGCUAAAGCGGCACCACAAUAUGUUGAAGGUGUCGUCGAGCCAAUAGCGCGAGAAGAAAUGGUGGAGGCGGCCGCAGAAGAAUUUGUCCUUCCAACAGUGCAACAACAGGAAGUCGUUCCCGAAAAAUUCCCAUUGGUGGAAGCAGCUGCUACUUCAAUUGAGCCAGUAUCAACUGCAAUUGUGCCAGAAUUGCUUGAGCAGAAGGAAGGACAAGCCACAGGCGAAGAACUCGUCCUUCCCGAUCUUCAGGAAAAGGAAGCACUUGCAGAAGUCGCCAUGAAAGAAUCAACUUUUGUUGGACUGACACAAGUUCCUUCGGUGCCGGUAACCGCUGAAGCGCCACUCAUGAGAGCGCCUCAAGAGGAAAUUGAAAGGGUGCCAGACCUUGUUAUUCUGGAAGCGCAAGAACAGAAAUCGCUACCCGAAGCAGUGGCAGAAAAGGAAUUAGCAGUUACUGAAACGGCACCAGUAUAUGUUGAAGGUGUCGUCGAGCCAAUAGCGCGAGAAGAAAUGGUGGAGGCGGCCGCAGUAGAACUUGUCCUUCCCGCAGUGCAACAACAGGAAGUCGUUCUCGAAAAAUUCCCAUUGGUGGAAGCAGCCGCGACUUCAAUUGAGCCAGUAUCUACUGCGAUGGUGCCAGAAUUGCUUGAGCAGAAGGAAGGAGAAGCCACAGGCGAAGAACUCGUCCUUCCCGAUCUUCAGGAAAAGGAAGCACUUGAAGAAGUCGCCAUGAAAGAAUCACCUUUUGUUGAACUGACACAAGUUCCUUCGGUGCCGGUAACCGCUGAAGUGCCACUCAUGCCAGCGCCUCAAGAGGAAAUUGAAACGGUGCCAGACCUUGUAAUUCUGGAGGUGCAAGAACAGGAAUCCCUACCCAAAGCAGUAGCAGAAAAAGAAUUAGCCGUUGCUAAAGCGGCGCCAGUAUAUGUUGAAGGUGUCGUCGAGCCAAUAGCGCGAGAAGAAAUGGUGCAGGCGGCCGCAGAAGAAUUUGUCCUUCCAACGGUGCAACAACAGGAAGUCGUUCCCGAAAAAUUCCCAUUAGAGGAAGCAGCCCCUAUUUCAAUUGAGCCAGUAUCUACUGCGAUGGUGCCAGAAUUGCUUGAGCAGAAGGAAGGAGAAGAAGCCACAGGCAAAGAACUCGUCUUUCCCGAGGUUCAGGAAAAGGAAACACUUGAAGAAGAAGUCGCCUUGACAGAAUCACCUUUUGUUGAACUGACACAAGUUCCUUCGGUGCCGCUAACCGCUGAAGUGCCACUCAUGCCAGGGCCUCAAGAGGAAAUUGAAACGGUGCCCGACCUUGUAAUUCUGGAGGUGCAAGAACAGGAAUCGCUACCCGAAGCAGUGGCAGAAAAGGAAUUAGCAGUUGAUAAAGGGGCACCAGUAUAUGUAGAAGGUGUCGUCGAGCCAAUAGCGCGAGAAGAAAUGGUGGAGGCGGCCGCAGAAGAAUUUCUCCUUCCAACGGUGCAACAACAGGAAGUCGUUCCCGAAAAAUUCCCAUUGGUGGAAGCAGCCGCUAUUUCAAUUGAGCCAGUAUCUACUGCCAUGGUGCCAGAAUUGCUUGAGCAGAAGGGAGGAGAAGCCACAGGCGAAGAACUCGUCCUUCCCGAUCUUCAGGAAAAGGAAGCACUUGAAGAAGUCGCCAUGAAAGAAUCACCUUUUGUUGAACUGACACAAGUUCCUUCAGAGCCGAUAACGGCUGAAGUGCCACUCAUGCCAGCGCCUCAAGAGGAAAUUGAACGGGUGCCAGACCUUGUAAUUCUCGAGGUGCAAGAACAGGAAUCCCUACCCGAAGCAGCGGCAGAAAAGGAAUUAGCAGUUCCUAAAGCGGCACCAGUAUAUGUAGAAGGUGUCGUCGAGCCAAUAGCGCGAAAAGAAAUGGUGGAGGCGGCCGCACAAGAAUUUGUCCUUCCAACAGUUCAACAACAGGAAGUCGUUCCCGAAAAAUUCCCAUUGGUGGAAGCAGCCGCUACUUCAAUUGAGCCAGUAUCAACUGCGAUGGUGCCAGAAUUGCUUGAGCAGAAGGAAGAAGAAGCCACAGGCGAAGAACUCGUCCUUCCCGAUCUUAAGGAAAAGGAAGCACUUGAAGAAGUCGCCAUGAAAGAAUCACCUUUUGUUGAACUGACACAAGUUCCUUCGGAGCCGGUAACCGCUGAAGUGCCACUCAUGCCAGCGCCUCAAGAGGUAAUUGAAACGGUGCCAGACCUUGUAAUUCUCGAGGUGCAAGAACAGGAAUCCCUGCCCGAAGCAGUGGCAGAAAAGGAAUUAGCAGUUGCUAAAGCGGCACCAGUAUAUGUUGAAGGUGUCGUCGAGCCAAUAGCGCGAGAAGAAAUGGUGGAGACGGCUGCAGAAGAAUCUGUCCUUCCAACGGUGCAACAACAGGAAGUCGUUCCCGAAAAAUCCCCAUUGAAGGAAGCAGCCGCUAUUUCAACUGAGCCAGUAUCUACUGCGAUGGUGCCAGAAUUGAUUGAGCAGAAGGAAGGAGAAGAAGCCACAGGCAAACAACUCGUCUUUCCCGAGGUUCAGGGAAAGGAAACACUUGAAGAAGAAGUCGCCUUGAAAGAAUCACCUUUUGUUGAACUCACAGAAGUUCCUUCGGUGCCGAUAACGGCUGAAGUGCCACUCAUGCCAGCGCCGCAAGAGGAAAUUGAAAGGGUGCCAGACCUUGUAAUUCUGGAGGUGCAAGAACAGGAAUCACUACCCGAAGCAGUGGCAGAAAAGGAAUUAGCAGUUCCUAAAGCGGCACCAGUAUAUGUAGAAGGUGUCGUCGAGCCAAUAGCGCGAAAAGAUAUGGUGGAGGCGGCCGCAGAAGAAUUUGUCCUUCCAACAGUGCAACAACAGGAAGUCGUUACCGAAAAAUUCCCGUUGGAAGAAGCCGCCUCUAUUUCAACUGAGCCAGUAUCUACUGCGAUGGUGCCAGAAUUGAUUGAGCAGAAGGAAGCAGAAGAAGCCAUAAGCAAACAACUCGUCUUUCCCGAGGUUCAGGAAAAGGAAACACUUCAAGAAGAAGUCGCCUUGAAAGAAUCACCUUUUGUUGAACUGACACAAGUUCCUUCAGAGCCGAUAACGGCUGAAGUGCCACUCAUGCCAGCGCCUCAAGAGGAGAUUGAACGGGUGCCAGACCUUGUAAUUCUCGAGGUGCAAGAACAGGAAUCCCUACCCGAAGCAGCGGCACAAAAGGAAUUAGCAGUUCCUAAAGCGGCACCAGUAUAUGUAGAAGGUGUCGUCGAGCCAAUAGCGCGAAAAGAAAUGGUGGAGGCGGCCGCACAAGAAUUUGUCCUUCCAACAGUGCAACAACAGGAAGUCGUUCCCGAAAAAUUCCCAUUGGUGGAAGCAGCCGCUACUUCAAUUGAGCCAGUACCAACUGCGAUGGUGCCAGAAUUGCUUGAGCAGAAGGAAGGAGAAGCCACAGGCGAAGAACUCGUCCUUCCCGAGGUUCAGGAAAAGGAAACACUUAAAGAAGAAGUCGAAUUGAAAGAAUCACCUUUUGUUGAACUGACACAAGUUCCUUCGGUGCCGGUAACCGCUGAAGUGCCACUCAUGUCAACGCCUCAAGAGGAAAUUGAAAGGGUGCCAGACCUUGUAAUUCUGGAUGUGCAAGAACAGGAAUCGCUACCCGAAGCAAUGGCAGAAAAGGAAUUAGCAGUUGCUAAAGCGGCACCAGUGUAUGUUGAAGGUGUCGUCGAGCCAAUAGCGCGAAAAGAAAUGGUGGAGGCGGCCGCAGAAGAAUUUAUCCUUCCAACGGUGCAACAGGAAGUCGUUCCCGAAAAAUCCCCAUUGAAGGAAGCAGCCGCUAUUUCAACUGAGCCAGUAUCUACUGCGAUGGUGCCAGAAUUGAUUGAGCAGAAAGAAAAAGAAGAAGCCACAGGCAAAGAACUCGUCUUUUCCGAGGUUCAGGAAAAGGAAACACUUGAAGAAGAACUCGCCUUGAAGGAAUCACCUUUUGUUGAACUGACACAAGUUCCUUCAGAGCCGAUAAUGGCUGAAGUGCCACUCAUGCCAGCGCCUCAAGAGGAAAUUGAACGGGUGCCAGACCUUGUAAUUCUCGAGGUGCAAGAACAGGAAUCCCUACCCGAAGCAGCGGCAGAAAAGGAAUUAGCAGUUCCUAAAGCGGCACCAGUAUAUGUAGAGGGUGUCGUCGAGCCAAUAGCGCGAAAAGAAAUGGUGGAGGCGGCCGCAGAAGAAUUUGUCCUUCCAACAGUGCAACAACAGGAAGUCGUUCCCGAAAAAUUCCCAUUGGAGGAAGCAGCCGCUACUUCAAUUGAGCCAGUAUCAACUGCGAUGGUGCCAGGAUUGCUUGAGCAGAAGGAAGGAGAAGCCACAGGCGAAGAACUCGUCCUUCCCGAUCUUCAGGAAAAGGAAGCACUUGAAGAAGUCGCCAUGAAAGAAUCACCUUUUGUUGAACUGACACAAGUUCCUUCGGUGCCGGUAACCGCUGAAGUGCCACUCAUGCCAGCGCCUCAAGAGGAAAUUGAAACGGUGCCAGACCUUGUAAUUCUGGAUGUGCAAGAACAGGAAUCGCUACCCGAAGCAAUGGCAGAAAAGGAAUUAGCAGUUCCUACACCGGCACCAGUGUAUGUUGAAGGUGUCGUCGAGCCAAUAGCGCGAAAAGAUAUGGUGGAGACGGCUGCAGAAGAAUUUAUCCUUCCAACGGUGCAACAGGAAGUCGUUCCCGAAAAAUCCCCAUUGAAGGAAGCAGCCGCUAUUUCAACUGAGCCAGUAUCUACUGCGAUGGUGCCAGAAUUGAUUGAGCAGAAGGAAAAAGAAGAAGCCACAGGCAAAGAACUCGUCUUUCCCGAGGUUCAGAAAAAGGAAACACUUGAAGAAGAAGUCGCCAUGAAAGAAUCACCUUUUGUUGAACUGACACAAGUUCCUUCGGAGCCGGUAACCGCUGAAGUGCCACUCAUGCCAGCGCCUCAAGAGGUAAUUGAAACGGUGCCAGACCUUGUAAUUCUCGAUGUGCAAGAACAGGAAUCCCUACCCGAAGCAGUGGCAGAAAAGGAAUUAGCAGUUGCUAAAGCGGCACCAGUAUAUGUUGAAGGUGUCGUCGAGCCAAUAGCGCGAGAAGAAAUGGUGGAGACGGCUGCAGAAGAAUCUGUCCUUCCAACGGUGCAACAACAGGAAGUCGUUCCCGAAAAAUCCCCAUUAAAGGAAGCAGCCGCUAUUUCAACUGAGCCAGUAUCUACUGCGAUGGUGCCAGAAUUGAGUGAGCAGAAGGAAGGAGAAGAAGCCAUAGGCAAACAACUCGUCUUUCCCGAGGUUCAGGAAAAGGAAACACUUCAAGAAGAAGUCGCCUUGAAAGAAUCACCUUUUGUUGAACUGACACAAGUUCCUUCAGAGCCGAUAACGGCUGAAGUGCCACUCAUGCCAGCGCCUCAAGAGGAAAUUGAACGGGUGCCAGACCUUGUAAUUCUCGAGGUGCAAGAACAGGAAUCCCUACCCGAAGCAGCGGCAGAAAAGGAAUUAGCAGUUCCUAAAGCGGCACCAGUAUAUGUAGAAGGUGUCGUCGAGCCAAUAGCGCGAAAAGAAAUGGUGGAGGCGGCCGCACAAGAAUUUGUCCUUCCAACAGUUCAACAACAGGAAGUCGUUCCCGAAAAAUUCCCAUUGGUGGAAGCAGCCGCUACUUCAAUUGAGCCAGUAUCAACUGCGAUGGUGCCAGAAUUGCUUGAGCAGAAGGAAGAAGAAGCCACAGGCGAAGAACUCGUCCUUCCCGAUCUUAAGGAAAAGGAAGCACUUGAAGAAGUCGCCAUGAAAGAAUCACCUUUUGUUGAACUGACACAAGUUCCUUCGGAGCCGGUAACCGCUGAAGUGCCACUCGUGCCAGCGCCUCAAGAGGUAAUUGAAACGGUGCCAGACCUUGUAAUUCUCGAGGUGCAAGAACAGGAAUCCCUGCCCGAAGCAGUGGCAGAAAAGGAAUUAGCAGUUGCUAAAGCGGCACCAGUAUAUGUUGAAGGUGUCGUCGAGCCAAUAGCGCGAGAAGAAAUGGUGGAGACGGCUGCAGAAGAAUCUGUCCUUCCAACGGUGCAACAACAGGAAGUCGUUCCCGAAAAAUCCCCAUUGAAGGAAGCAGCCUCUAUUUCAACUGAGCCAGUAUCUACUGCGAUGGUGCCAGAAUUGAUUGAGCAGAAGGAAGGAGAAGAAGCCACAGGCAAACAACUCGUCUUUCCCGAGGUUCAGGGAAAGGAAACACUUGAAGAAGAAGUCGCCUUGAAAGAAUCACCUUUUGUUGAACUCACAGAAGUUCCUUCGGUGCCGAUAACGGCUGAAGUGCCACUCAUGCCAGCGCCGCAAGAGGAAAUUGAAAGGGUGCCAGACCUUGUAAUUCCGGAGGUGCAAGAACAGGAAUCACUACCCGAAGCAGUGGCAGAAAAGGAAUUAGCAGUUCCUAAAGCGGCACCAGUAUAUGUAGAAGGUGUCGUCGAGCCAAUAGCGCGAAAAGAUAUGGUGGAGGCGGCCGCAGAAGAAUUUGUCCUUCCAACAGUGCAACAACAGGAAGUCGUUACCGAAAAAUUCCCGUUGGAAGAAGCCGCCUCUAUUUCAACUGAGCCAGUAUCUACUGCGAUGGUGCCAGAAUUGAUUGAGCAGAAGGAAGCAGAAGAAGCCAUAGGCAAACAACUCGUCUUUCCCGAGGUUCAGGAAAAGGAAACACUUCAAGAAGAAGUCGCCUUGAAAGAAUCACCUUUUGUUGAACUGACACAAGUUCCUUCAGAGCCGAUAACGGCUGAAGUGCCACUCAUGCCAGCGCCUCAAGAGGAGAUUGAACGGGUGCCAGACCUUGUAAUUCUCGAGGUGCAAGAACAGGAAUCCCUACCCGAAGCAGCGGCACAAAAGGAAUUAGCAGUUCCUAAAGCGGCACCAGUAUAUGUAGAAGGUGUCGUCGAGCCAAUAGCGCGAAAAGAAAUGGUGGAGGCGGCCGCACAAGAAUUUGUCCUUCCAACAGUGCAACAACAGGAAGUCGUUCCCGAAAAAUUCCCAUUGGUGGAAGCAGCCGCUACUUCAAUUGAGCCAGUAUCAACUGCGAUGGUGCCAGAAUUGCUUGAGCAGAAGGAAGGAGAAGCCACAGGCGAAGAACUCGUCCUUCCCGAGGUUCAGGAAAAGGAAACACUUAAAGAAGAAGUCGAAUUGAAAGAAUCACCUUUUGUUGAACUGACACAAGUUCCUUCGGUGCCGGUAACCGCUGAAGUGCCACUCAUGUCAACGCCUCAAGAGGAAAUUGAAAGGGUGCCAGACCUUGUAAUUCUGGAUGUGCAAGAACAGGAAUCGCUACCCGAAGCAAUGGCAGAAAAGGAAUUAGCAGUUGCUAAAGCGGCACCAGUGUAUGUUGAAGGUGUCGUCGAGCCAAUAGCGCGAAAAGAAAUGGUGGAGGCGGCCGCAGAAGAAUUUAUCCUUCCAACGGUGCAACAGGAAGUCGUUCCCGAAAAAUCCCCAUUGAAGGAAGCAGCCGCUAUUUCAACUGAGCCAGUAUCUACUGCGAUGGUGCCAGAAUUGAUUGAGCAGAAAGAAAAAGAAGAAGCCACAGGCAAAGAACUCAUCUUUUCCGAGGUUCAGGAAAAGGAAACACUUGAAGAAGAACUCGCCUUGAAGGAAUCACCUUUUGUUGAACUGACACAAGUUCCUUCAGAGCCGAUAAUGGCUGAAGUGCCACUCAUGCCAGCGCCUCAAGAGGAAAUUGAACGGGUGCCAGACCUUGUAAUUCUCGAGGUGCAAGAACAGGAAUCCCUACCCGAAGCAGCGGCAGAAAAGGAAUUAGCAGUUCCUAAAGCGGCACCAGUAUAUGUAGAGGGUGUCGUCGAGCCAAUAGCGCGAAAAGAAAUGGUGGAGGCGGCCGCAGAAGAAUUUGUCCUUCCAACAGUGCAACAACAGGAAGUCGUUCCCGAAAAAUUCCCAUUGGAGGAAGCAGCCGCUACUUCAAUUGAGCCAGUAUCAACUGCGAUGGUGCCAGGAUUGCUUGAGCAGAAGGAAGGAGAAGCCACAGGCGAAGAACUCGUCCUUCCCGAUCUUCAGGAAAAGGAAGCACUUGAAGAAGUCGCCAUGAAAGAAUCACCUUUUGUUGAACUGACACAAGUUCCUUCGGUGCCGGUAACCGCUGAAGUGCCACUCAUGCCAGCGCCUCAAGAGGAAAUUGAAACGGUGCCAGACCUUGUAAUUCUGGAUGUGCAAGAACAGGAAUCGCUACCCGAAGCAAUGGCAGAAAAGGAAUUAGCAGUUCCUACACCGGCACCAGUGUAUGUUGAAGGUGUCGUCGAGCCAAUAGCGCGAAAAGAUAUGGUGGAGACGGCUGCAGAAGAAUUUAUCCUUCCAACGGUGCAACAGGAAGUCGUUCCCGAAAAAUCCCCAUUGAAGGAAGCAGCCGCUAUUUCAACUGAGCCAGUAUCUACUGCGAUGGUGCCAGAAUUGAUUGAGCAGAAGGAAAAAGAAGAAGCCACAGGCAAAGAACUCGUCUUUCCCGAGGUUCAGAAAAAGGAAACACUUGAAGAAGAAGUCGCCAUGAAAGAAUCACCUUUUGUUGAACUGACACAAGUUCCUUCGGAGCCGGUAACCGCUGAAGUGCCACUCAUGCCAGCGCCUCAAGAGGUAAUUGAAACGGUGCCAGACCUUGUAAUUCUCGAUGUGCAAGAACAGGAAUCCCUACCCGAAGCAGUGGCAGAAAAGGAAUUAGCAGUUGCUAAAGCGGCACCAGUAUAUGUUGAAGGUGUCGUCGAGCCAAUAGCGCGAGAAGAAAUGGUGGAGACGGCUGCAGAAGAAUCUGUCCUUCCAACGGUGCAACAACAGGAAGUCGUUCCCGAAAAAUCCCCAUUAAAGGAAGCAGCCGCUAUUUCAACUGAGCCAGUAUCUACUGCGAUGGUGCCAGAAUUGAUUGAGCAGAAGGAAGGAGAAGAAGCCAUAGGCAAACAACUCGUCUUUCCCGAGGUUCAGGAAAAGGAAACACUUCAAGAAGUCGCCUUGAAAGAAUCACCUUUUGUUGAACUGACACAAGUUCCUUCAGAGCCGAUAACGGCUGAAGUGCCACUCAUGCCAGCGCCUCAAGAGGAAAUUGAACGGGUGCCAGACCUUGUAAUUCUCGAGGUGCAAGAACAGGAAUCCCUACCCGAAGCAGCGGCAGAAAAGGAAUUAGCAGUUCCUAAAGCGGCACCAGUAUAUGUAGAAGGUGUCGUCGAGCCAAUAGCGCGAAAAGAAAUGGUGGAGGCGGCCGCACAAGAAUUUGUCCUGCCAACAGUGCAACAACAGGAAGUCGUUCCCGAAAAAUUCCCAUUGGUGGAAGCAGCCGCUACUUCAAUUGAGCCAGUAUCAACUGCGAUGGUGCCAGAAUUGCUUGAGCAGAAGGAAGGAGAAGCCACAGGCGAAGAACUCGUCCUUCCCGAGGUUCAGGAAAAGGAAACCCUUAAAGAAGAAGUCGAAUUGAAAGAAUCACCUUUUGUUGAACUGACACAAGUUCCUUCGGAGCCGGUAACCGCUGAAGUGCCACUCAUGCCAGCGCCUCAAGAGGUAAUUGAAACGGUGCCAGACCUUGUAAUUCUCGAUGUGCAAGAACAGGAAUCCCUACCCGAAGCAGUGGCAGAAAAGGAAUUAGCAGUUGCUAAAGCGGCACCAGUAUAUGUUGAAGGUGUCGUCGAGCCAAUAGCGCGAGAAGAAAUGGUGGAGACGGCCGCAGAAGAAUUUGUCCUUCCAACGGUGCAACAACAGGAAGUCGUUACCGAAAAAUUCCCGUUGGAAGAAGCCGCCGCUACUUCAAUUGAGCCAGUAUCAACUGCAAUGGUGCCAGAAUUGAUUGAGCAGAAGGAAGGAGAAGAAGCCAUAGGCGAAGAACUCGUCCUUCCCGAGGUUCAGGAAAAGGAAACACUUAAAGAAGAAGUCGAAUUGAAAGAAUCACCUUUUGUUGAACUGACACAAGUUCCUUCAGAGCCGAUAACGGCUGAAGUGCCACUCAUGCCAGCGCCUCAAGAGGAAAUUGAAAGGGUGCCAGACCUUGUAAUUCUGGAUGUGCAAGAACAGGAAUCGCUACCCGAAGCAAUGGCAGAAAAGGAAUUAGCAGUUGCUAAAGCGGCACCAGUGUAUGUUGAAGGUGUCGUCGAGCCAAUAGCGCGAAAAGAAAUGGUGGAGGCGGCCGCAGAAGAAUUUAUCCUUCCAACGGUGCAACAGGAAGUCAUUCCCGAAAAAUCCCCAUUGAAGGAAGCAGCCGCUAUUUCAACUGAGCCAGUAUCUACUGCGAUGGUGCCAGAAUUGAUUGAGCAGAAGGAAAAAGAAGAAGCCACAGGCAAAGAACUCGUCUUUCCCGAGGUUCAGGAACAGGAAACACUUGAAGAAGAACUCGCCUUGAAGGAAUCACCUUUUGUUGAACUGACACAAGUUCCUUCAGAGCCGAUAACGGCUGAAGUGCCACUCAUGCCAGCGCCUCAAGAGGAAAUUGAACGGGUGCCAGACCUUGUAAUUCUGGAGGUGCAAGAACAGGAAUCACUACCCGAAGCAGUGGCAGAAAAGGAAUUAGCAGUUCCUAAAGCGGCACCAGUAUAUGUAGAAGGUGUCGUCGAGCCAAUAGCGCGAAAAGAUAUGGUGGAGGCGGCCGCAGAAGAAUUUGUCCUUCCAACAGUGCAACAACAGGAAGUCGUUACCGAAAAAUUCCCGUUGGAAGAAGCCGCCGCUACUUCAAUUGAGCCAGUAUCAACUGCAAUGGUGCCAGAAUUGCUUGAGCAGAAGGAAGGACAAGCCACAGGCGAAGAACUCGUCCUUCCCGAGGUUCAGGAAAAGGAAACACUUAAAGAAGAAGUCGAAUUGAAAGAAUCACCUUUUGUUGAACUGACACAAGUUCCUUCGGUGCCGGUAACCACUGAAGUGCCACUCAUGCCAGCGCCUCAAGAGGAAAUUGAAAGGGUGCCAGACCUUGUAAUUCUGGAUGUGCAAGAACAGGAAUCGCUACCCGAAGCAAUGGCAGAAAAGGAAUUAGCAGUUGCUAAAGCGGCACCAGUGUAUGUUGAAGGUGUCGUCGAGCCAAUAGCGCGAAAAGAAAUGGUGGAGGCGGCCGCAGAAGAAUUUAUCCUUCCAACGGUGCAACAGGAAGUCGUUCCCGAAAAAUCCCCAUUGAAGGAAGCAGCCGCUAUUUCAACUGAGCCAGUAUCUACUGCGAUGGUGCCAGAAUUGAUUGAGCAGAAGGAAAAAGAAGAAGCCACAGGCAAAGAACUCGUCUUUCCCGAGGUUCAGGAACAGGAAACACUUGAAGAAGAACUCGCCUUGAAGGAAUCACCUUUUGUUGAACUGACACAAGUUCCUUCAGAGGCGAUAACGGCUGAAGUGCCACUCAUGCCAGCGCCUCAAGAGGAAAUUGAACGGGUGCCAGACCUUGUGAUUCUCGAGGUGCAAGAACAGGAAUCCCUACCCGAAGCAGCGGCAGAAAAGGAAUUAGCAGUUCCUAAAGCGGCACCAGUAUAUGUAGAAGGUGUCGUCGAGCCAAUAGCGCGAAAAGAAAUGGUGGAGGCGGCCGCAGAAGAAUUUGUCCUUCCAACAGUGCAACAACAGGAAGUCGUUCCCGAAAAAUUCCCAUUGGUGGAAGCAGCCGCUACUUCAAUUGAGCCAGUAUCAACUGCGAUGGUGCCAGAAUUGCUUGAGCAGAAGGAAGGAGAAGCCACAGGCGAAGAACUCGUCCUUCCCGAUCUUCAGGAAAAGGAAGCACUUGAAGAAGCCGCCAUGAAAGAAUCACCUUUUGUUGAACUGACACAAGUUCCUUCGGAGCCGGUAACCGCUGAAGUGCCACUCAUGCCAGCGCCUCAAGAGGUAAUUGAAACGGUGCCAGACCUUCUAAUUCUCGAGGUGCAAGAACAGGAAUCCCUACCCGAAGCAGUGGCAGAAAAGGAAUUAGCAGUUCCUAAAGCGGCACCAGUAUAUGUAGAAGGUGUCGUCGAGCCAAUAGCGCGAAAAGAUAUGGUGGAGGCGGCCGCAGAAGAAUUUGUCCUUCCAACAGUGCAACAACAGGAAGUCGUUACCGAAAAAUUCCCGUUGGAAGAAGCCGCCGCUACUUCAAUUGAGCCAGUAUCAACUGCGAUGGUGCCAGAAUUGCUUGAGCAGAAGGAAGGAGAAGCCACAGGCGAAGAACUCGUCCUUCCCGAUAUUCAGGAAAAGGAAGCACUUGAAGAAGUCGCCAUGAAAGAAUCACCUUUUGUUGAACUGACACAAGUUCCUUCGGUGCCGGUAACCGCUGAAGUGCCACUCAUGCCAGCGCCUCAAGAGGAAAUUGAAACGGUGCCAGACCUUGUAAUUCUGGAUGUGCAAGAACAGGAAUCGCUACCCGAAGCAAUGGCAGAAAAGGAAUUAGCAGUUCCUAAACCGGCACCAGUGUAUGUUGAAGGUGUCGUCGAGCCAAUAGCGCGAAAAGAAAUGGUGGAGGCGGCCGCAGAAGAGUUUAUCCUUCCAACGGUGCAACAGGAAGUCGUUCCCGAAAAAUCCCCAUUGAAGGAAGCAGCCGCUAUUUCAACUGAGCCAGUAUCUACUGCGAUGGUGCCAGAAUUGAUUGAGCAGAAGGAAAAAGAAGAAGCCACAGGCAAAGAACUCGUCUUUCCCGAGGUUCAGGAACAGGAAACACUUGAAGAACUCGCCUUGAAGGAAUCACCUUUUGUUGAACUGACACAAGUUCCUUCAGAGCCGAUAACGGCUGAAGUGCCACUGAUGCCAGCGCCUCAAGAGGAAAUUGAACGGGUGCCAGACCUUGUAAUUCUGGAGGUGCAAGAACAGGAAUCACUACCCGAAGCAGUGGCAGAAAAGGAAUUAGCAGUUCCUAAAGCGGCACCAGUAUAUGUAGAAGGUGUCGUCGAGCCAAUAGCGCGAAAAGAUAUGGUGGAGGCGGCCGCAGAAGAAUUUGUCCUUCCAACAGUGCAACAACAGGAAGUCGUUACCGAAAAAUUCCCGUUGGAAGAAGCCGCCGCUACUUCAAUUGAGCCAGUAUCAACUGCAAUGGUGCCAGAAUUGCUUGAGCAGAAGGAAGGACAAGCCACAGGCGAAGAACUCGUCCUUCCCGAGGUUCAGGAAAAGGAAACACUUAAAGAAGAAGUCGAAUUGAAAGAAUCACCUUUUUUUGAACUGACACAAGUUCCUUCGGUGCCGGUAACCACUGAAGUGCCACUCAUGCCAGCGCCUCAAGAGGAAAUUGAAAGGGUGCCAGACCUUGUAAUUCUGGAUGUGCAAGAACAGGAAUCGCUACCCGAAGCAAUGGCAGAAAAGGAAUUAGCAGUUGCUAAAGCGGCACCAGUGUAUGUUGAAGGUGUCGUCGAGCCAAUAGCGCGAAAAGAAAUGGUGGAGGCGGCCGCAGAAGAAUUUAUCCUUCCAACGGUGCAACAGGAAGUCGUUCCCGAAAAAUCCCCAUUGAAGGAAGCAGCCGCUAUUUCAACUGAGCCAGUAUCUACUGCGAUGGUGCCAGAAUUGAUUGAGCAGAAGGAAAAAGAAGAAGCCACAGGCAAAGAACUCGUCUUUCCCGAGGUUCAGGAACAGGAAACACUUGAAGAAGAACUCGCCUUGAAGGAAUCACCUUUUGUUGAACUGACACAAGUUCCUUCAGAGCCGAUAACGGCUGAAGUGCCACUCAUGCCAGCGCCUCAAGAGGAAAUUGAACGUGUGCCAGACCUUGUAAUUCUCGAGGUGCAAGAACAGGAAUCCCUACCCGAAGCAGCGGCAGAAAAGGAAUUAGCAGUUCCUAAAGCGGCACCAGUAUAUGUAGAGGGUGUCGUCGAGCCAAUAGCGCGAAAAGAAAUGGUGGAGGCGGCCACAGAAGAAUUUGUCCUUCCAACAGUGCAACAACAGGAAGUCGUUCCCGAAAAAUUCCCAUUGGAGGAAGCAGCCGCUACUUCAAUUGAGCCAGUAUCAACUGCGAUGGUGCCAGAAUUGCUUGAGCAGAAGGAAGGAGAAGCCACAGGCGAAGAACUCGUCCUUCCCGAUCUUCAGGAAAAGGAAGCACUUGAAGAAGUCGCCAUGAAAGAAUCACCUUUUGUUGAACUGACACAAGUUCCUUCGGUGCCGGUAACCGCUGAAGUGCCACUCAUGCCAGCGCCUCAAGAGGAAAUUGAAACGGUGCCAGACCUUGUAAUUCUGGAUGUGCAAGAACAGGAAUCGCUACCCGAAGCAAUGGCAGAAAAGGAAUUAGCAGUUCCUACACCGGCACCAGUGUAUGUUGAAGGUGUCGUCGAGCCAAUAGCGCGAAAAGAUAUGGUGGAGACGGCUGCAGAAGAAUUUAUCCUUCCAACGGUGCAACAGGAAGUCGUUCCCGAAAAAUCCCCAUUGAAGGAAGCAGCCGCUAUUUCAACUGAGCCAGUAUCUACUGCGAUGGUGCCAGAAUUGAUUGAGCAGAAGGAAAAAGAAGAAGCCACAGGCAAAGAACUCGUCUUUCCCGAGGUUCAGAAAAAGGAAACACUUGAAGAAGUCGCCAUGAAAGAAUCACCUUUUGUUGAACUGACACAAGUUCCUUCGGAGCCGGUAACCGCUGAAGUGCCACUCAUGCCAGCGCCUCAAGAGGUAAUUGAAACGGUGCCAGACCUUGUAAUUCUCGAUGUGCAAGAACAGGAAUCCCUACCCGAAGCAGUGGCAGAAAAGGAAUUAGCAGUUGCUAAAGCGGCACCAGUAUAUGUUGAAGGUGUCGUCGAGCCAAUAGCGCGAGAAGAAAUGGUGGAGACGGCUGCAGAAGAAUCUGUCCUUCCAACGGUGCAACAACAGGAAGUCGUUCCCGAAAAAUCCCCAUUAAAGGAAGCAGCCGCUAUUUCAACUGAGCCAGUAUCUACUGCGAUGGUGCCAGAAUUGAUUGAGCAGAAGGAAGGAGAAGAAGCCAUAGGCAAACAACUCGUCUUUCCCGAGGUUCAGGAAAAGGAAACACUUCAAGAAGAAGUCGCCUUGAAAGAAUCACCUUUUGUUGAACUGACACAAGUUCCUUCAGAGCCGAUAACGGCUGAAGUGCCACUCAUGCCAGCGCCUCAAGAGGAAAUUGAACGGGUGCCAGACCUUGUAAUUCUCGAGGUGCAAGAACAGGAAUCCCUACCCGAAGCAGCGGCAGAAAAGGAAUUAGCAGUUCCUAAAGCGGCACCAGUAUAUGUAGAAGGUGUCGUCGAGCCAAUAGCGCGAAAAGAAAUGGUGGAGGCGGCCGCACAAGAAUUUGUCCUGCCAACAGUGCAACAACAGGAAGUCGUUCCCGAAAAAUUCCCAUUGGUGGAAGCAGCCGCUACUUCAAUUGAGCCAGUAUCAACUGCGAUGGUGCCAGAAUUGCUUGAGCAGAAGGAAGGAGAAGCCACAGGCGAAGAACUCGUCCUUCCCGAGGUUCAGGAAAAGGAAACACUUAAAGAAGAAGUCGAAUUGAAAGAAUCACCUUUUGUUGAACUGACACAAGUUCCUUCGGAGCCGGUAACCGCUGAAGUGCCACUCAUGCCAGCGCCUCAAGAGGUAAUUGAAACGGUGCCAGACCUUGUAAUUCUCGAUGUGCAAGAACAGGAAUCCCUACCCGAAGCAGUGGCAGAAAAGGAAUUAGCAGUUGCUAAAGCGGCACCAGUAUAUGUUGAAGGUGUCGUCGAGCCAAUAGCGCGAGAAGAAAUGGUGGAGACGGCUGCAGAAGAAUCUGUCCUUCCAACGGUGCAACAACAGGAAGUCGUUCCCGAAAAAUCCCCAUUAAAGGAAGCAGCCGCUAUUUCAACUGAGCCAGUAUCUACUGCGAUGGUGCCAGAAUUGAUUGAGCAGAAGGAAGAAGAAGCCAUAGGCAAACAACUCGUCUUUCCCGAGGUUCAGGAAAAGGAAACACUUCAAGAAGAAGUCGCCUUGAAAGAAUCACCUUUUGUUGAACUGACACAAGUUCCUUCAGAGCCGAUAACGGCUGAAGUGCCACUCAUGCCAGCGCCUCAAGAGGAAAUUGAAAGGGUGCCAGACCUUGUAAUUCUGGAUGUGCAAGAACAGGAAUCGCUACCCGAAGCAAUGGCAGAAAAGGAAUUAGCAGUUGCUAAAGCGGCACCAGUGUAUGUUGAAGGUGUCGUCGAGCCAAUAGCGCGAAAAGAAAUGGUGGAGGCGGCCGCAGAAGAAUUUAUCCUUCCAACGGUGCAACAGGAAGUCAUUCCCGAAAAAUCCCCAUUGAAGGAAGCAGCCGCUAUUUCAACUGAGCCAGUAUCUACUGCGAUGGUGCCAGAAUUGAUUGAGCAGAAGGAAAAAGAAGAAGCCACAGGCAAAGAACUCGUCUUUCCCGAGGUUCAGGAACAGGAAACACUUGAAGAAGAACUCGCCUUGAAGGAAUCACCUUUUGUUGAACUGACACAAGUUCCUUCAGAGCCGAUAACGGCUGAAGUGCCACUCAUGCCAGCGCCUCAAGAGGAAAUUGAACGGGUGCCAGACCUUGUAAUUCUGGAGGUGCAAGAACAGGAAUCACUACCCGAAGCAGUGGCAGAAAAGGAAUUAGCAGUUCCUAAAGCGGCACCAGUAUAUGUAGAAGGUGUCGUCGAGCCAAUAGCGCGAAAAGAUAUGGUGGAGGCGGCCGCAGAAGAAUUUGUCCUUCCAACAGUGCAACAACAGGAAGUCGUUACCGAAAAAUUCCCGUUGGAAGAAGCCGCCGCUACUUCAAUUGAGCCAGUAUCAACUGCGAUGGUGCCAGAAUUGCUUGAGCAGAAGGAAGGAGAAGCCACAGGCGAAGAACUCGUCCUUCCCGAUAUUCAGGAAAAGGAAGCACUUGAAGAAGUCGCCAUGAAAGAAUCACCUUUUGUUGAACUGACACAAGUUCCUUCGGUGCCGGUAACCGCUGAAGUGCCACUCAUGCCAGCGCCUCAAGAGGAAAUUGAAACGGUGCCAGACCUUGUAAUUCUGGAUGUGCAAGAACAGGAAUCGCUACCCGAAGCAAUGGCAGAAAAGGAAUUAGCAGUUCCUAAACCGGCACCAGUGUAUGUUGAAGGUGUCGUCGAGCCAAUAGCGCGAAAAGAAAUGGUGGAGGCGGCCGCAGAAGAGUUUAUCCUUCCAACGGUGCAACAGGAAGUCGUUCCCGAAAAAUCCCCAUUGAAGGAAGCAGCCGCUAUUUCAACUGAGCCAGUAUCUACUGCGAUGGUGCCAGAAUUGAUUGAGCAGAAGGAAAAAGAAGAAGCCACAGGCAAAGAACUCGUCUUUCCCGAGGUUCAGGAACAGGAAACACUUGAAGAACUCGCCUUGAAGGAAUCACCUUUUGUUGAACUGACACAAGUUCCUUCAGAGCCGAUAACGGCUGAAGUGCCACUGAUGCCAGCGCCUCAAGAGGAAAUUGAACGGGUGCCAGACCUUGUAAUUCUGGAGGUGCAAGAACAGGAAUCACUACCCGAAGCAGUGGCAGAAAAGGAAUUAACAGUUCCUAAAGCGGCACCAGUAUAUGUAGAAGGUGUCGUCGAGCCAAUAGCGCGAAAAGAUAUGGUGGAGGCGGCCGCAGAAGAAUUUGUCCUUCCAACAGUGCAACAACAGGAAGUCGUUACCGAAAAAUUCCCGUUGGAAGAAGCCGCCGCUACUUCAAUUGAGCCAGUAUCAACUGCAAUGGUGCCAGAAUUGCUUGAGCAGAAGGAAGGACAAGCCACAGGCGAAGAACUCGUCCUUCCCGAGGUUCAGGAAAAGGAAACACUUAAAGAAGAAGUCGAAUUGAAAGAAUCACCUUUUGUUGAACUGACACAAGUUCCUUCGGUGCCGGUAACCACUGAAGUGCCACUCAUGCCAGCGCCUCAAGAGGAAAUUGAAAGGGUGCCAGACCUUGUAAUUCUGGAUGUGCAAGAACAGGAAUCGCUACCCGAAGCAAUGGCAGAAAAGGAAUUAGCAGUUGCUAAAGCGGCACCAGUGUAUGUUGAAGGUGUCGUCGAGCCAAUAGCGCGAAAAGAAAUGGUGGAGGCGGCCGCAGAAGAAUUUAUCCUUCCAACGGUGCAACAGGAAGUCGUUCCCGAAAAAUCCCCAUUGAAGGAAGCAGCCGCUAUUUCAACUGAGCCAGUAUCUACUGCGAUGGUGCCAGAAUUGAUUGAGCAGAAGGAAAAAGAAGAAGCCACAGGCAAAGAACUCGUCUUUCCCGAGGUUCAGGAACAGGAAACACUUGAAGAAGAACUCGCCUUGAAGGAAUCACCUUUUGUUGAACUGACACAAGUUCCUUCAGAGCCGAUAACGGCUGAAGUGCCACUCAUGCCAGCGCCUCAAGAGGAAAUUGAACGUGUGCCAGACCUUGUAAUUCUCGAGGUGCAAGAACAGGAAUCCCUACCCGAAGCAGCGGCAGAAAAGGAAUUAGCAGUUCCUAAAGCGGCACCAGUAUAUGUAGAGGGUGUCGUCGAGCCAAUAGCGCGAAAAGAAAUGGUGGAGGCGGCCACAGAAGAAUUUGUCCUUCCAACAGUGCAACAACAGGAAGUCGUUCCCGAAAAAUUCCCAUUGGAGGAAGCAGCCGCUACUUCAAUUGAGCCAGUAUCAACUGCGAUGGUGCCAGAAUUGCUUGAGCAGAAGGAAGGAGAAGCCACAGGCGAAGAACUCGUCCUUCCCGAUCUUCAGGAAAAGGAAGCACUUGAAGAAGUCGCCAUGAAAGAAUCACCUUUUGUUGAACUGACACAAGUUCCUUCGGUGCCGGUAACCGCUGAAGUGCCACUCAUGCCAGCGCCUCAAGAGGAAAUUGAAACGGUGCCAGACCUUGUAAUUCUGGAUGUGCAAGAACAGGAAUCGCUACCCGAAGCAAUGGCAGAAAAGGAAUUAGCAGUUCCUAAACCGGCACCAGUGUAUGUUGAAGGUGUCGUCGAGCCAAUAGCGCGAAAAGAAAUGGUGGAGGCGGCCGCAGAAGAAUUUAUCCUUCCAACGGUGCAACAGGAAGUUGUUCCCAAAAAAUCCCCAUUGAAGGAAGCAGCCGCUAUUUCAACUGAGCCAGUAUCUACUGCGAUGGUGCCAGAAUUGAUUGAGCAGAAGGAAAAAGAAGAAGCCACAGGCAAAGGACUCGUCUUUCCCGAGGUUCAGGAACAGGAAACACUUGAAGAAGAACUCGCCUUGAAGGAAUCACCUUUUGUUGAACUGACACAAGUUCCUUCAGAGCCGAUAACGGCUGAAGUGCCACUCAUGCCAGCGCCUCAAGAGGAAAUUGAACGGGUGCCAGACCUUGUGAUUCUCGAGGUGCAAGAACAGGAAUCCCUACCCGAAGCAGCGGCAGAAAAGGAAUUAGCAGUUCCUAAAGCGGCACCAGUAUAUGUAGAAGGUGUCGUCGAGCCAAUAGCGCGAAAAGAAAUGGUGGAGGCGGCCGCAGAAGAAUUUGUCCUUCCAACAGUGCAACAACAGGAAGUCGUUCCCGAAAAAUUCCCAUUGGUGGAAGCAGCCGCUACUUCAAUUGAGCCAGUAUCAACUGCGAUGGUGCCAGAAUUGCUUGAGCAGAAGGAAGGAGAAGCCACAGGCGAAGAACUCGUCCUUCCCGAUCUUCAGGAAAAGGAAGCACUUGAAGAAGCCGCCAUGAAAGAAUCACCUUUUGUUGAACUGACACAAGUUCCUUCGGAGCCGGUAACCGCUGAAGUGCCACUCAUGCCAGCGCCUCAAGAGGUAAUUGAAACGGUGCCAGACCUUCUAAUUCUCGAGGUGCAAGAACAGGAAUCCCUACCCGAAGCAGUGGCAGAAAAGGAAUUAGCAGUUGCUAAAGCGGCACCAGUAUAUGUUGAAGGUGUCGUCGAGCCAAUAGCGCGAGAAGCAAUGGUGGAGACGGCUGCAGAAGAAUCUGUCCUUCCAUCGGUGCAACAACAAGAAGUCGUUACCGAAAAAUUCCCGUUGGAAGAAGCCGCCGCUACUUCAAUUGAGCCAGUAUCAACUGCAAUGGUGCCAGAAUUGCUUGAGCAGAAGGAAGGAGAAGCCACAGGCGAAGAACUCGUCCUUCCCGAUCUUCAGGAAAAGGAAGCACUUGAAGAAGUCGCCAUGAAAGAAUCACCUUUUGUUGAACUGACACAAGUUCCUUCGGAGCCGGUAACCGCUGAAGUGCCACUCAUGCCAGCGCCUCAAGAGGAAAUUGAACGGGUGCCAGACCUUGUGAUUCUCGAGGUGCAAGAACAGGAAUCCCUACCCGAAGCAGCGGCAGAAAAGGAAUUAGCAGUUCCUAAAGCGGCACCAGUAUAUGUAGAAGGUGUCGUCGAGCCAAUAGCGCGAAAAGAAAUGGUGGAGGCGGCCGCAGAAGAAUUUGUCCUUCCAACAGUGCAACAACAGGAAGUCGUUCCCGAAAAAUUCCCAUUGGUGGAAGCAGCCGCUACUUCAAUUGAGCCAGUAUCAACUGCGAUGGUGCCAGAAUUGCUUGAGCAGAAGGAAGGAGAAGCCACAGGCGAAGAACUCGUCUUUCCCGAGGUUCAGGGAAAGGAAACACUUGAAGAAGAAGUCGCCUUGAAAGAAUCACCUUUUGUUGAACUCACAGAAGUUCCUUCGGUGCCGAUAACGGCUGAAGUGCCAGUCAUGCCAGCGCCGCAAGAGGAAAUUGAAAGGGUGCCAGACCUUGUAAUUCUGGAGGUGCAAGAACAGGAAUCACUACCCGAAGCAGUGGCAGAAAAGGAAUUAGCAGUUCCUAAAGCGGCACCAGUAUAUGUAGAAGGUGUCGUCGAGCCAAUAGCGCGAAAAGAAAUGGUGGAGGCGGCCGCAGAAGAAUUUGUCCUUCCAACAGUGCAACAACAGGAAGUCGUUACCGAAAAAUUCCCGUUGGAAGAAGCCGCCGCUACUUCAAUUGAGCCAGUAUCAACUGCAAUGGUGCCAGAAUUGCUUGAGCAGAAGGAAGGAGAAGCCACAGGCGAAGAACUCGUCCUUCCCGAUCUUCAGGAAAAGGAAGAUCUUGAAGAAGUCGCCAUGAAAGAAUCACCUUUUGUUGAACUGACACAAGUUCCUUCGGAGCCGGUAACCGCUGAAGUGCCACUCAUGCCAGCGCCUCAAGAGGAAAUUGAACGGGUGCCAGACCUUGUAAUUCUGGAUGUGCAAGAACAGGAAUCGCUACCCGAAGCAAUGGCAGAAAAGGAAUUAGCAGUUGCUAAAGCGGCACCAGUGUAUGUUGAAGGUGUCGUCGAGCCAAUAGCGCGAAUAGAAAUGGUGGAGGCGGCCGCAGAAGAAUCUGUCCUUCCAACAGUGCAACAACAGGAAGUCGUUCCUGAAAAAUUCCCAUUGGUGGAAGCAGCUGCUACUUCAAUUGAGCCAGUAUCAACUGCAAUGGUGCCAGAAUUGCUUGAUCAGAAGGAAGGAGAAGCCACAGGCGAAGAACUCGUCCUUCCCGAUCUUCAGGAAAAGGAAGCACUUGAAGAAGUCGCCAUGAAAGAAUCACCUUUUGUUGAACUGACACAAGUUCCUUCGGUGCCGGUAACCGCUGAAGUGCCACUCAUGCCAGCGCCUCAAGAGGAAAUUGAAACGGUGCCAGACCUUGUAAUUCUGGAGGUGCAAGAACAGGAAUCCCUACCCGAAGCAGUAGCAGAAAAGGAUUUAGCCAUUGCUAAAGCGGCGCCAGUAUAUGUUGAAGGUGUCGUCGAGCCAAUAGCGCGAGAAGAAAUGGUGCAGGCGGCCGCAGAAGAAUUUGUCCUUCCAACGGUGCAACAACAGGAAGUCGUUCCCGAAAAAUUCCCAUUGGAGGAAGCAGCCCCUAUUUCAAUUGAGCCAGUAUGUACUGCGAUGGUGCCAGAAUUGCUUGAGCAGAAGGAAGGAGAAGAAGCCACAGGCAAGGAACUCGUCUUUCCCGAGGUUCAGGAAAAGGAAACACUUGUAGAAGAAGUCGCCUUGACAGAAUCACCUUUUCUUGAACUGACACAAGUUCCUUCGGUGCCGGUAACCGCUGAAGUGCCACUCAUGCCAGCGCCUCAAGAGGAAAUUGAAAGGGUGCCAGACCUUGUUAUUCUGGAAGUGCAAGAACAGAAAUCGCUACCCGAAGCAGUGGCAGAAAAGGAAUUAGCAGUUACUCAAACGGCACCAGUAUAUGUUGAAGGUGUCGUCGAGCCAAUAGCGCGAGAAGAAAUGGUGGAGGCGGCCGCAGUAGAACUUGUCCUUCCAACAGUGCAACAACAGGAAGUCGUUCCCGGAAAAUUCCCAUUGGAGGAAGCAGCCCCUAUUUCAAUUGAGCCAGUAUGUACUGCGAUGGUGCCAGAAUUGCUUGAGCAGAAGGAAGGAGAAGAAGCCACAGGCAAAGAACUCGUCUUUCCCGAGGUUCAGGAAAAGGAAACACUUGUAGAAGAAGUCGCCUUGACAGAAUCACCUUUUCUUGAACUGACACAAGUUCCUUCGGUGCCGGUAACCGCUGAAGUGCCACUCAUGCCAGCGCCUCAUGAGGAAAUUGAAAGGGUGCCAGACCUUGUUAUUCUGGAAGUGCAAGAACAGAAAUCGCUACCCGAAGCAGUGGCAGAAAAGGAAUUAGCAGUUACUCAAACGGCACCAGUAUAUGUUGAAGGUGUCGUCGAGCCAAUAGCGCGAGAAGAAAUGGUGGAGGCGGCCGCAGUAGAACUUGUCCUUCCAACAGUGCAACAACAGGAAGUCGUUCCCGGAAAAUUCCCAUUGGUGGAAGCAGCCCCUAUUUCAAUUGAGCCAGUAUGUACUGCGAUGGUGCCAGAAUUGCUUGAGCAGAAGGAAGGAGAAGCCACAGGCGAAGAACUCGUCCUUCCCGAUCUUCUGGAAAAGCAAGCACUUGAAGAAGUCGCCAUGAAAGAAUCACCUUUUGUUGAACUGACACAAGUUCCUUCGGUGCCGGUAACCGCUGAAGUGCCACUCAUGCCAGCGCCUCAAGAGGAAAUUGAAACGGUGCCAGACCUUGUAAUUCUGGAGGUGCAAGAACAGGAAUCCCUACCCGAAGCAGUAGCAGAAAAUGAAUUAGCCAUUGCUAAAGCGGCGCCAGUAUAUGUUGAAGGUGUCGUCGAGCCAAUAGCGCGAGAAGAAAUGGUCCAGGCGGCCGCAGAAGAAUUUGUCCUUCCAACGGUGCAACAACAGGAAGUCGUUACCGAAAAAUUCCCAUUGGAAGAAGCAGCCGCUAUUUCAAUUGAGCCAGUAUCUACUGUGAUGGUGCCAGAAUUGCUUGAGCAGAAGGAAGGAGAAGCCACUGGCAAAGAACUUGUUUUUCCCGUGGUUCAGGAAAAGGAAACACUUGAAGAAGAAGUCGCCUUGAAAGAAACACCUUUUGUUGAACUGACACAAGUUCCUUCGGUGCCGGUAAGCACUGAAGUGCCACUCAUGCCAGCGCCUCAAGAGGAAAUUGAAAAGGUGCCAGACCUUGUAAUUCUGGAUGUGCAAGAACAGGAAUCGCUACCCGAAGCAGUGGCAGAAAAGGAAUUAGCCGUUGCUAAAGCGGCACCAGUGUAUGUUGAAGGUGUCGUCGAGCCAAUAGCGCGAAAAGAAAUGGUGGAGGCGGCCGCAGAAGAAUUUAUCCUUCCAGCGGUGCAACAGGAAGUCGUUCCCGAAAAAUUCCCGUUGAAGGAAGCAGCCGCUAUUUCAACUGAGCCAGUAUCUACUGCGAUGGUGCCAGAAUUGAUUGAGCAGAAGGAAGGAGAAGAAGCCACAGGCAAAGAACUCGUCUUUCCCGAGGUUCAGGAAAAGGAAACACUUGUAGAAGAAGUCGCCUUGACAGAAUCACCUUUUGUUGAACUGACACAAGUUCCUUCGGUGCCGGUAACCGCUGAAGUGCCACUCAUGCCAGCGCCUCAAGAGGAAAUUGAAAGGGUGCCAGAACUUGUAAUUCUGGAUGUGCACGAACAGGAAUCUCUACCCGAAGCAGUAGCGGAAAAGGAAUUAGCAGUUGCUAAAGCGGCGCCAGUAUAUGUUGAAGGUGUCGUCGAGCCAAUAGCGCGAGAAGAAAUGGUGGAGACGGCUGCAGAAGAAUUUGUCCUUCCAACGGUGCAACAACAGAAAAUUCUUUCCGGCGCCGAAGCAGCACACCCAAGAAAGACACCAGAACUUAAGAAAGUUUCGGAAGAGACAUGGGGAUUAUUCACAUCGGCUGAAGUGAAGACAAGGAUUCCUCGGCCAGAUGAGUAUGAAACACAGGAAGCAGUGGCUUCUACAGGGCCACAUGCCGAAACUUCCGAAGGUCGUAUCAUUGAACUAGCCCCGCAGGAAGACCUGCUGCCGUUGCAAGCUGACGUAUCAGAGAGAAAAUAUGCUAAUAUCGACUUUCAAGAGGUGGCACCAGAAGCAGUGCUCGACAAAAGAGAAGAAGUUGCGCAAACGUCCGUUUAUGAGCCUGUUAGAGAACAGCCACGCACGUCGGAGGAGCUCAAACUUGUACCAGCCCUGGAAGCGUCUCCAAUUCCAGAAGCCGACAUGGAAGAACUAACCUCUCGAAAAGAGGUAACACCCUUACUAGUGGAAGGUGCAGAACAGCUGCCGGCUGAAGUUUUCUUUCACGAAAGAGACACGAUCAGUAAGGAGUCACUUCUUCCAGCGGAAACUGAAGAAUAUGUGACUGAAGCAGAGCAGUUGGAGCUUGUUCCCGCGCCCGACGAAAUUCCAAUUGAAGAACCGCAAUCAAUACCAACAGUUCCUCCAGAAGAAAGGAUUCAUUUUGAAACGGAAGCUGCAGACGAAUACGCUGUGUCCCUGGCUUUCCCCGAGACGGUGCUUCAAGCAGGUGCGGAAAACAAGAUGGCCGGUGAAGAUUUAUUCCCUCCAGACUUUGGCGAGGUGCCUGUAACACGUAAACCGGACUUGAACCUUGUUCCCGAACUUGAAACAAAUUCCGUCCUUGAAGUUCCUGCGACUCAGACAGCACUUUUGGGAGACACUGGACCCUUCAUAAGUGAAGCUUUCAAAGACGAAGCACCUGCUGAUAUCAUGUUGACCGGACAUUUUCGGUCAACCACAGAUCAAGUACAACCCUGCAAACCGUUGUUUGACGUUCCACUACAGGCAACUACAAUUUGCGAAGAUAACGAAAAAGAAGCCCUAGCUACACGUAAACUGUCAGAGCCAGAUGAACCAUUAAUUCUCGAGACGCCAGCAGAUAUUGUUAAGCAGACGGUGGAGAAAGUUAAAAAUAUAGAAACGAGAGCCAUUUUUCCAGAGCAGGAAGUCAUGCCGGAACCUCGUGAAAAAAGGGCACUUGUCGAAAAAGGUAUUUUCCUUCCAGAGGUCAUAGAACAGGAAGCCCUACCGGAAGUUCCUCUGGAAAAAAGAGCUGCAGCCAUUGAACUGCAGGCUGUAGUCAUUGAACGUGCACUCGAGCCUGGGUCACCAAUGGAAAAAGAGAAAUACAUACAAGAGCUUAUGCUUCAAGAGGUGAAAGAACAGAAAUCCCUACUGGAGGAAGCGGCAGAGGAGAAACUUGUUUCCAUUGAAAUGCAAGGGUUAUUCGCUGCACCUGCUUUAGAGCCAGGGCCAGGGAAAGAAAAACCUGAGGCACCUGUGGAAGAGCUUUCGCUUCCAGCAGUUCAUGAACAGGGAGCCAUGCCGAAAGUCUUACUUGGAGUGCCUGCAGAAAGAAGAGGUCAAACUAUUGACAUGGCGCAGGUAUAUGGUCAGCCUGAAGAACAGUCCGCGAAACGCAAAGAAAAAGAAGUGGCGGACCUUAAGGAAUUGGUUCUUCCAGAAGUUCAGGAACAUGCAGCCGUUUCUGAAGCACCUAAAGAGCCGACCAGUGUCUCGGAAGUCACCAAGCCACGGGGACUGUUUGGCGAGCAUGUUGAAUCUCGUACCGCUGAAAUUGUAUUGGAAAGCGAACAAAUCUCCGAAUCAGCAACAGCAGACUUCAAGAAAGGCGGCUAUCCCGCAUUGUCGACGUUCGAUCUGUUGGUUAACUAUAACAAAGUAGUUACAAAGAUGGACCUGCCGAGUGAUGUGCAAAGCAGUCCAACGAGCGCACAGUUCAAGCGCGGCCAAGAAAUCCAAGUAUCUGCUCCCGCAAGGAAAGCAACGCCAUCGUCAGUUAUUACAAGUUACCAGAAGUGCGAUGAAAAGAGGAGCAUGGAAAGCGUAUUUACCCACACUUCGCCAGAAAGACUGUAUGCCGCAUCGAAGCAUGAAGGAAAAAAAGGACACGCUGCGGAAGGGAAAACGGGUUCCGAAGGUGAACAACCUGAAGUAGCACCACCGCGGGAAGUAGAGGAAGCGAGAGCUUUCGAGGCCGUGAGACCAACCGGAGUGUUUUACGUAGAGCCUCCUUCUAACGAACUGGAGUACCUCCACGUGCCAGAAUUCAUGACGCGAGAACAACCUAUAGGUGUUCCAGGAGAAGAAAAGGAAGCACUGGUUCCAGAAGCGCCAAGGCCGCCCAUAAUGCUAUCGACGCCUUCUACUGGUUAUGACAUGGAAUUGCCCUGGGUAGCAAGUAUUGUUACGAAGCCAGCGGCGGAAGUUCCACAGAAAGAAAAAGAGCCUCCUAUCAAAGUUCCCACGGUGGAAGCGCCUGAAUACGUCCAAGCCCAGCGUCCCACUUACGCGCCAGAAUACAUGUAUGUGCCAGAAUUCAUGGCACGUGAACAACCUGAAGUAGCACCACCGCGGGAAGUAGAGGAAGCGAGAGCUUUCGAGGCCGUGAGAACAACCGGAGUGCUUUACGUAGAGCCUCCUUCUUACGAACUGGAGUACCUCCACGUGCCAGAAUUCAUAUCGCGAGAACAACCCAUAGGUGUUCCCGGAGAACAAAAGGAAGCGCCGCUACCAGAACCAGAAGCGCCAAGGCCGGCCAUAAUGCUAUCGACACCUUCUACUGGUUAUGAAAUGGAAUUGCCCUGGGUCGCAAGUAUUGUUCCGAAGCCCGCUGCGGAAGUUCCACAGAAAGAAAAAGAGCCUCCUGUCAAAGUUCCCACGAUAGAAGCGCCUGAAUACGUCCAAGCCCAGCCUGCCACUUACGCGCCAGAAUACAUGUAUGUGCCAGAAUUCAUGGCACGUGAACAACCUGAAGUAGCACCACCGCGGGAAGUAGAGGAAGCGAGAGCUUUCGAGGCCGUGAGACCAACCGGAGUGCUUUACGUAGAGCCUCCUUCUUAUGAACUGGAGUACCUCCACGUGACAGAAUUCAUGACGCGAGAACAACCUAUAGGUGUUUCAGCACAAGAAAAGGAAGCACCGCUUCCAGAAGCGCCAAGGUCGCCCGAAAUGCUAUCGAUGCCUUCUACUGGUUAUGAAAUGGAAUUGCCCUGGGUCGCAAGUAUUGUUACGAAGCCAGCGUCGGAAGUUCCACAGAAAGAAAAAGAGCCUCCUGUCAAAGUUCCGACGAUGGAAGCACCUGAAUACGCCCAAGCACAGGCUCCCACUUACGCGCCAGAAUACAUGUAUGAGCCAGAAUUCAUGGCACGUGAACAACCUGAAGUAGCACCACCGCGGAAAGUAGAGGAAGCGAGAGCUUUCGAGGCCGUGAGACCAACCGGAGUGCUUUACGUAGAGCCUCCUUCUUAUGAACUGGAGUACCUUCACGUGCCAGAAUUCAUGACGCGAGAACAACCUAUAGGUGUUUCAGCACAAGAAAAGGAAGCACCGCUUCCAGAAGCGCCAAGGCCGCCCAAAAUGCUAUCGAUACCUUCUACUGGUUAUCAAAUGGAAUUGCCCUGGGUCGCAAGUAUUGUUACGAAGCCCGCCGCGGAAGUUCCACAGAAAGAAAAAGAGCCUCCUAUCAAAGUUCCCACGAUGGAAGCGCCUGAAUACGUACAAGCACAGCCUCCCACUUACGCGCCAGAAUACAUGUAUGUGCCAGAAUUCAUGGCACAUGAACAACCUGAAGUAGCACCACCGCGGGAAGUAGAGGAAGCAAGAGCUUUCGAGGCCGUGAGAACAACCGGAGUGCUUUACGUAGAGCCUCCUUCUUACGAACUGGAGUACCUCCACGUGCCAGAAUUCAUGUCGCGAGAACAACCUAUAGGUGUUCCCGGAGAGCAAAAGGAAGCGCCGCUUCCUGAAGCGCCAAGGCCGCCCAAAAUGGUAUCGAUGCCUUCUACUGCUUAUGAAAUGGAAUUGCCCUGGGUCGCAAGUAUUGUUACGAAGCCAGCGGCGAAAGUUCCACAGAAAGAAAAAGAGCCUCCUGUCAAAGUUCCCACGAUGGAAGCGCCUGAAUACGUCCAACCACAGCCUCCUACUUAUGCGCCAGAAUACAUGUAUGUGCCAGAAUUCAUGGCACGUGAGCAACCUGAAGUAGUAGAACCGCGGGAAGUAGAGGAAGCGAGAGCAUUCGAGGCCGUGAGAACAACCGGAGUGCUUUACGUAGAGCCUCCUUCUUACGAACUGGAGUACCUCCACGUGCCAGAAUUCAUGUCGCGAGAACAACCUAUGAGUGUUCCCGGAGAACAAAAGGUGCCGCUACCAGAACCAGAAGCGCCAAGGCCGCCCAAAAUGGUACCGAUGCCUUCUACUGGUUAUGAAAUGGAAUUGCCCUGGGUCGCAAGUAUUGUUACGAAGCCAGCGGCGAAAGUUCCACAGAAAGACAAAGAGCCUCCUGUCAAAGUUCCCACGAUGGAAGCGCCUGAAUACGUCCAAGCACAGCCUCCUACUUAUGCGCCAGAAUACAUGUAUGUGCCAGAAUUCAUGGCACGUGAACAACCUGAACUAGCACCACCGCGGGAAGCAGAGGAAGCAAGAGCUUUCGAGGCCGUGAGAACAACCGGAGUGCUUUACGUAGAGCCUCCUUCUUACGAACUGGAGUACCUCCACGUGCCAGAAUUCAUGUCGCGAGAACAACCUAUAGGUGUUCCCGGAGAACAAAAGGAAGCGCCGCUACCAGAACCCGAAGCGCCAAGGCCGCCCAAAAUGGUAUCGAUGCCUUCUACUGAUUAUGAAAUGGAAUUUCCCUGGGUCGCAAGUAUUGUUACGAAGCCCGCUGCGGAAGUUCCACAGAAAGAAAAAGAGCCUCCUGUCAAAGUUCCCACGAUGGAAGCGCCUGAAUACGUCCAAGCACAGCCUCCUACUUAUGCGCCAGAAUACAUGUAUGUGCCAGAAUUCAUGGCACGUGAGCAACCUGAAGUAGCACCACCGCGGGAAGUAGAGGAAGCGAGAGCUUUCGAGGCCGUGAGACCAGCCGGAGGGCUUUACGUAGAGCCUCCUUCUUAUGAACUGGAGUACCUCCACGUGCCAGAAUUCAUGACGCGAGAACAACCUAUAGGUGUUUCAGCACAAGAAAAGGAAGCACCGCUUCCAGAAGCGCCAAGGCCGCCCGAAAUGCUAUCGAUGCCUUCUACUGGUUAUGAAAUGGAAUUGCCCUGGGUCGCAAGUAUUGUUACGAAGCCAGCGUCGGAAGUUCCACAGAAAGAAAAAGAGCCUCCUGUCAAAGUUCCCACGAUGGAAGCGCCUGAAUACGUACAAGCACAGCCUCCCACUUACGCGCCAGAAUACAUGUAUGUGCCAGAAUUCAUGGCACGUGAACAACCUGAAGCAACACCACCGCGGGAAGUAGAGGAAGCGAGAGCUGUCGAGGCCGUGAGACCAACCGGAGUGCUUUACGUAGAGCCUCCUUCUUAUGAACUGGAGUACCUCCACGUGCCAGAAUUCAUGACGCGAGAACAACCUAUAGGUGUUUCAGCACAAGAAAAGGAAGCACCGCUUCCAGAAGCGCCAAGGCCGCCCGAAAUGCUAUCGAUGCCUUCUACUGGUUAUGAAAUGGAAUUGCCCUGGGUCGCAAGUAUUGUUACGAAGCCAGCGUCGGAAGUUCCACAGAAAGAAAAAGAGCCUCCUGUCAAAGUUCCGACGAUGGAAGCGCCUGAAUACGCCCAAGCACAGGCUCCCACUUACGCGCCAAAAUACAUGUAUGUGCCAGAAUUCAUGGCACGUGAACAACCUGAAGUAGCACCACCGCGGAAAGUAGAGGAAGCGAGAGCUGUCGAGGCCGUGAGAACAACCGGAGUGCUUUACGUAGAGCCUCCUUCUUACGAACUGGAGUACCUCCACGUGCCACAAUUCAUGUCGCGAGAACAACCUAUAGGUGUUCCCGGAGAACAAAAGGAAGCGCCGCUACCAGAACCAGAAGUGCCAAGGCCGCCCAAAAUGGUAUCGAUGCCUUCUACUGGUUAUGAAAUGGAAUUGCCCUGGGUCGCAAGUAUUGUUACGAAGCCAGCGGCGAAAGUUCCACAGAAAGAAAAAGAGCCUCCUGUCAAAGUUCCCACGAUGGAAGCGCCUGAAUACGUGCAAGCAAAGCCUCCCACUUACGUGCCAGAGUACAUACGCGUGCCAGAAUUCAUGGCACGUGAGCAACCUGAAGUAGUAGAACCGCGGGAAGUAGGAGAAGCGAGAGCUUUCGAGGCCGUGAGACCAACCGGAGUGAUUUACGUAGAGCCUCCUUCUUACGAACUGGAGUACCACCACGUGCCAGAAUUCAUGACGCGAGAACAACCUCUAGGUGUUCCAGAAGAAAAGGAAGCACUGGUUCCAGAAGCGCCAAGGCCGGCCAAAAUGCUAUCGACACCUUCUACUGGUUAUGAAAUGGAAUUGCCCUGGGUCGCAAGUAUAGUUUCGAAGCCCGCUGCGGAAGUUCCACAGAAAGAAAAAGAGCCUCCUAUCAAAGUUCCCACGAUGGAAGCGCCUGAAUACGUACAAGCACAGCCUCCCACUUACGCGCCAGAAUACAUGUAUGUGCCAGAAUUCAUGGCACAUGAACAACCUGAAGUAGCACCGCCGUGGGAAGUAGGGGAAGCGAGAGCUUUCGAGGCCGUGAGUCCAACCGGAGUGCCUUACGUAGAGCCUCCUUCUUACGAACUGGGGUACCUCCACGUGCCAGAAUUCAUGACGCGAGAACAACCUAUAGGUGUUCCAGGAGAAGAAAAGGAAGCGCCAAGGCCGCCCAAAAUGGUAUCGAUGCCUUCUACUGGUUAUGAAAUGGAAUUGCCCUGGGUCGCAAGUAUUGUUACGAAGCCCGCUGCGGAAGUUCCACAGAAAGAAAAGGAGCCUACUGUCAAAGUUCCCACGAUGGAAGCGCCUGAAUACGUCCAAGCACAGGCUCCCACUUACGCGCCAGAAUACAUGUAUGUGCCAGAAUUCAUGGCACAUGAACAACCUGAAGUAGCACCACCGCGGGAAGUAGAGGAAGCGAGAGCUUUCGAGGCCGUGAGAACAACCGGAGUGCUUUACGUAGAGCCUCCUUCUUACGAACUGGAGUACCUCCACGUGCCAGAAUUCAUGUCGCGAGAACAACCUAUGGGUGUUCCCGGAGAACAAAAGGAAGCGCCGCUACCAGAACCAGAAGCACCAAGGCCGCCCAAAAUGGUAUCGAUGCCUUCUACUGGUUAUGAAAUGGAAUUGCCCUGGGUCGCAAGUAUUGUUACGAAGCCAGCGGCGAAAGUUCCACAGAAAGAAAAAGAGCCUCCUGUCAAAGUUCCCACGAUGGAAGCGCCUGAAUACGUCCAAGCACAGCCUCCUAUUUAUGCGCCAGAAUACAUGUAUGUGCCAGAAUUCAUGGCACAUGAACAACCUGAAGUAGCACCACCGCGGGAAGUAGAGGAAGCGAGAGCUUUCGAGCCCGUGAGAACAACCGGAGUGCUUUACGUAGAGCCUCCUUCUUACGAACUGGAGUACCUCCACGUGCCAGAAUUCAUGACGCGAGAACAACCUCUAGGUGUUCCAGGAGAAGAAAAGAAAGCACUGGUUCCAGAAGCGCCAAGGCCGGCCAAAAUGCUAUCGACACCUACUACUGGUUAUGAAAUGGAAUUGCCCCGGGUCGCAAGUAUUGUUACGAAGCCAGCGGCGAAAGUUCCACAGAAAGAAAAAGAGCCUCCUAUCAAAGUUCCCACGAUGGAAGCUCCUGAAUACGCCCAACCACAGGCUCCCACUUACGCGCCAGAAUACAUGUAUGUGCCAGAAUUCACGGCACAUGAACAACCUGAAGUAGCACCACCGCGGAAAGUAGAGGAAGCGAGAGCUUUGGAGGCCGUGAGACCAACCGCAGUGCUUUACGUAGAGCCCCCUUCUUAUGAACUGGAGUACCUCCACGUGCCAGAAUUCAUGUCGCGAGAACAACCUAUAGGUGUUCCCGGAGAACAAAAGGAAGCGCCGCUACCAGAACCCGAAGCGCCAAGGCCGCCCAAAAUGCUAUCGAUGUCUUCUACUGGUUAUGAAAUGGAAUUGCCCUGGGUCGCAAGUAUUGUUAUGAAGCCAGCGGCGAAAGUUCCACAGCAAGAAAACGAGCCUCCUGUCAAAGUUCCCGCGAUGGAAGCGCCUGAAUACGUGCAAGCAAAGCCUCCCACUUACGUCCCAAAGUACAUGCGCGUGCCAGAAUUCAUGGCACGUGAACAACCUGAAGUAGUAGAACCGCGGGAAGUAGGAGAAGCGAGAGCUUUCGAGGCCGUGAGACCAACCGGAGUGAUUUACGUAGAGGCUCCUUCUUACGAACUGGAGUACCACCACGUGCCAGAAUUCAUGACGCGAGAACAACCUCUAGGUGUUCCAGGAGAAGAAAAGGAAGCACUGGUUCCAGAAGCGCCAAGGCCGGCCAAAAUGCUAUCGACACCUUCUACUGGUUAUGAAAUGGAAUUGCCCUGGGUCGCAAGUAUAGUUUCGAAGCCCGCUGCGGAAGUUCCACAGAAAGAAAAAGAGCCUCCUGUCAAAGUUCCCACGAUGGAAGCUCCUGAAUACGUCCAAGCACAGCCUCCUAUUUAUGCGCCAGAAUACAUGUAUGUGCCAGAAUUCAUGGCACGUGAACAACCUGAAGUAGCACCACCGCGGGAAGUAGAGGAAGCGAGAGCUUUGGAGGCCGUGAGACCAACCGCAGUGCUUUACGUAGAGCCCCCUUCUUAUGAACUGGAGUACCUCCACGUGCCAGAAUUCAUGUCGCGAGAACAACCUAUAGGUGUUCCCGGAGAACAAAAGGAAGCGCCGCUACCAGAACCCGAAGCGCCAAGGCCGCCCAAAAUGCUAUCGAUGCCUUCUACUGGUUAUGAAAUGGAAUUGCCCUGGGUCGCAAGUAUUGUUACGAAGCCAGCGUCGGAAGUUCCACAGAAAGAAAAAGAGCCUCCUGUCAAAGUUCCGACGAUGGAAGCACCUGAAUACGCCCAAGCACAGGCUCCCACUUACGCGCCAGAAUACAUGUAUGUGCCAGAAUUCAUGGCACGUGAACAACCUGAAGUAACACCACCGCGGGAAGUAGAGGAAGCGAGAGCUGUCGAGGCCGUGAGACCAACCGGAGUUCUUUACGUAGAGCCUCCUUCUUAUGAACUGGAGUACCUCCACGUGCCAGAAUUCAUGACGCGAGAACAACAUGAAGGUGUUUCAGCAGAAGAAAAGGAAGCACCGCUUCCAGAAGCGCCAAGGCCACCCGAAAUGCUAUCGAUGCCUUCUACUGGUUAUGAAAUGGAAUUGCCCUGGGUCGCAAGUAUUGUUACGAAGCCAGCGUCGGAAGUUCCACAGAAAGAAAAAGAGCCUCCUGUCAAAGUUCCCACGAUGGAAGCGCCUGAAUACGUACAAGCACAGCCUCCCACUUACGCGCCAGAAUACAUGUAUGUGCCAGAAUUCAUGGCACGUGAACAACCUGAAGCAACACCCCCGCGGGAAGUAGAGGAAGCGAGAGCUGUCGAGGCCGUGAGACCAACCGGAGUGCUUUACGUAGAGCCUCCUUCUUAUGAACUGGAGUACCUCCACGUGCCAGAAUUCAUGACGCGAGAACAACCUAUAGGUGUUCCAGGAGAAGAAAAGGAAGCGCCGCUUCCUGAAGCGCCAAGGCCGCCCAAAAUGGUAUCGAUGCCUUCUACUGGUUAUGAAAUGGAAUUGCCCUGGGUCGCAAGUAUUGUUACGAAGCCCGCUGCGGAAGUUCCACAGAAAGAAAAAGAGCCUCCUAUCAAAGUUCCCACGAUGGAAGCGCCUGAAUACGUACAAGCACAGCCUCCCACUUACGCGCCAGAAUACAUGUAUGUGCCAGAAUUCAUGGCACAUGAACAACCUGAAGUAGCACCACCGCGGGAAGUAGGGGAAGCGAGAGCUUUCGAGGCCGUGAGUCCAACCGGAGUGCCUUACGUAGAGCCUCCUUCUUACGAACUGGGGUACCUCCACGUGCCCGAAUUCAUGACGCGAGAACAACCUAUAGGUGUUCCAGGAGAAGAAAAGGAAGCGCCGCUUCCUGAAGCGCCAAGGCCGCCCAAAAUGGUAUCGAUGCCUUCUACUGGUUAUGAAAUGGAAUUGCCCUGGGUCGCAAGUAUUGUUACGAAGCCCGCUGCGGAAGUUCCACAGAAAGAAAAGGAGCCUACUGUCAAAGUUCCCACGAUGGAAGCGCCUGAAUACGUCCAAACACAGGCUCCCACUUACGCGCCAGAAUACAUGUAUGUGCCAGAAUUCAUGGCACAUGAACAACCUGAAGUAGCACCACCGCGGGAAGUAGAGGAAGCGAGAGCUUUCGAGGCCGUGAGAACAACCGGAGUGCUUUACGUAGAGCCUCCUUCUUACGAACUGGAGUACCUCCACGUGCCAGAAUUCAUGUCGCGAGAACAACCUAUGGGUGUUCCCGGAGAACAAAAGGAAGCGCCGCUACCAGAACCAGAAGCACCAAGGCCGCCCAAAAUGGUAUCGAUGCCUUCUACUGGUUAUGAAAUGGAAUUGCCCUGGGUCGCAAGUAUUGUUACGAAGCCAGCGGCGAAAGUUCCACAGAAAGAAAAAGAGCCUCCUGUCAAAGUUCCCACGAUGGAAGCGCCUGAAUACGUACAAGCACAGCCUCCUACUUACGCGCCAGAAUACAUGUAUGUGCCAGAAUUCAUGGCAAAUGAACAACCUGAAGUAGCACCACCGCGGGAAGUAGAGGAAGCGAGAGCUUUCGAGGCCGUGAGAACAACCGGAGUGCUUUACGUAGAGCCUCCUUCUUACAAACUGGAGUACCUCCACGUGCCAGAAUUCAUGACGCGAGAACAACCUAUAGGUGUUCCAGGAGAAGAAAAGGAAGCACUGGUUCCAGAAGAGCCAAGGCCGGCCAAAAUGCUAUCGAUGCCUUCUACUGGUUAUGAAAUGGAAUUGCCCUGGGUCGCAGGUAUUGUUACGAAGCCAGCGGCGGAAGUUCCACAGAAAGAAAAAGAGCCUCCUGUCAAAGUUCCCACGAUGGAAACGCCUGAAUACGUCCAAGCACAGCCUCCCACUUACGCGCCAGAAUACAUGUACGUGCCAGAAUUCAUGGCACGUUUACAACCUGAAGUAGCAGCACCGCGGGAAGUAGAGGAAGCGAGAGUUUUCGAGGUCGUGAGACCAACCGGAGUGCUUUACGUAGAGCCUCCUUCUUACGAACUGGAGUACCUCCACGUGCCAGAAUUCAUGACGCGAGAACAACAUGUAGGUGUUUCAGCAGAAGAAAAGGAAGCACCGCUUCCAGAAGCGCCAAGGCCGCCCGAAAUGCUAUCGAUGCCUUCUACUGGUUAUGAAAUGGAAUUGCCCUGGGUCGCAAGUAUUGUUACGAAGCCAGCGUCGGAAGUUCCACAGAAAGAAAAAGAGCCUCCUGUCAAAGUUCCGACGAUGGAAGCGCCUGAAUACGCCCAAGCACGGGCUCCCACUUACGCGCCAGAAUACAUGUAUGUGCCAGAAUUCAUGGCACAUGAACAACCUGAAGUAGCACCACCGCGGGAAGUAGAGGAAGCGAGAGCUUUCGAGGCCGUGAGAACAACCGGAGUGCUUUACGUAGAGCCUCCUUCUUACGAACUGGAGUACCUCCACGUGCCAGAAUUCAUGUCGCGAGAACAACCUAUGGGUGUUCCCGGAGAACAAAAGGAAGCGCCGCUACCAGAACCAGGAGCACCAAGGCCGCCCAAAAUGGUAUCGAUGCCUUCUACUGGUUAUGAAAUGGAAUUGCCCUGGGUCGCAAGUAUUGUUACGAAGCCAGCAUCGGAAGUUCCACAGAAAGAAAAAGAGCCUCCUGUCAAAGUUCCGACGAUGGAAGCGCCUGAAUACGCCCAAGCACAGGCUCCCACUUACGCGCGAGAAUACAUGUAUGUGCCAGAAUUCAUGGCACAUGAACAACCUGAAGUAGCACCACCGCGGGAAGUAGAGGAAGCGAGAGCUUUCGAGGCCGUGAGAACAACCGGAGUGCUUUACGUAGAGCCUCCUUCUUACGAACUGGAGUACCUCCACGUGCCAGAAUUCAUGUCGCGAGAACAACCUAUGGGUGUUCCCGGAGAACAAAAGGAAGCGCCGCUACCAGAACCAGAAGCACCAAGGCCGCCCAAAAUGGUAUCGAUGCCUUCUACUGGUUAUGAAAUGGAAUUGCCCUGGGUCGCAAGUAUUGUUACGAAGCCAGCGGCGAAAGUUCCACAGAAAGAAAAAGAGCCUCCUGUCAAAGUUCCCACGAUGGAAGCGCCUGAAUACGUGCAAGCAAAGCCUCCCACUUACGUACCAGAGUACAUGCGCGUGCCAGAAUUCAUGGCACGUGAGCAACCUGAAGUAGUAGAACCGCGGGAAGUAGCAGAAGCGAGAGCUUUCGAGGCCGUGAGACCAACCGGAGUGCUUUACGUAGAGCCUCCUUCUUACGAACUGGAGUACCUCCACGUGCCAGAAUUCAUGUCGCGAGAACAACCUAUAGGUGUUCCCGGAGAACAAAAGGAAGCGCCGCUACCAGAACCAGAAGUGCCAAGGCCGCCCAAAAUGGUAUCGAUGCCUUCUACUGGUUAUGAAAUGGAAUUGCCCUGGGUCGCAAGUAUUGUUACGAAGCCAGCGGCGAAAGUUCCACAGAAAGAAAAAGAGCCUCCUGUCAAAGUUCCCACGAUGGAAGCGCCUGAAUACGUGCAAGCAAAGCCUCCCACUUACGUACCAGAGUACAUGCGCGUGCCAGAAUUCAUGGCACGUGAGCAACCUGAAGUAGUAGAACCGCGGGAAGUAGGAGAAGCGAGAGCUUUCGAGGCCGUGAGACCAACCGGAGUGAUUUACGUAGAGCCUCCUUCUUACGAACUGGAGUACCACCACGUGCCAGAAUUCAUGACGCGAGAACAACCUCUAGGUGUUCCAGAAGAAAAGGAAGCACUGGUUCCAGAAGCGCCAAGGCCGGCCAAAAUGCUAUCGACACCUUCUACUGGUUAUGAAAUGGAAUUGCCCUGGUUCGCAAGUAUAGUUUCGAAGCCCGCUGCGGAAGUUCCACAGAAAGAAAAAGAGCCUCCUAUCAAAGUUCCCACGAUGGAAGCGCCUGAAUACGUACAAGCACAGCCUCCCACUUACGCGCCAGAAUACAUGUAUGUGCCAGAAUUCAUGGCACAUGAACAACCUGAAGUAGCACCACCGCGGGAAGUAGGGGAAGCGAGAGCUUUCGAGGCCAAUUCAUGGCACAUGAACAACCUGAAGUAG